AAACAGCUGGCAUUUUAUUCAUACGAAAACAGUUUCAUACAUGUCCAAAUAAUGAUGGCUGCCAUACUUCAUCUGAUCUCCAUGGCGACUUAUCUUUCUUAUGUGCAAGUGGUGUUCACAAGGAAGGCUUCAUUAGCCUCAGAACUUGACUUAUUAUGGAACAAAUACGGAGAGGUCAGAGGUCAAUUGGCAAUUUUGGAAUCCGAAACAUCAUUAGAUAGGAACAAGAUCGAGUCUUUUCAGCAACAGCUGACCGCACUACAAGACACUAUCACUGACAUUGAAGGGGAGGUAACGCAGAUAGCGGCUGAUCUAAAGGUUAUUCUUUCAUUGGGUACAGCACAGGACGACGAAACAAAUCAUACAGAUAAUCCAGUCUGGAAAGAUUUUUCAUUUAUAUUGAAACGAGGCUCUGUUCAGAUGAACGCGUCCUAUAUCGUCCACACUGUUGACAUAGAAACCGACGGUCCAUUUUCACAUAUUUGGUACGACAACCACAUUCCUAUUCUAGAUGAUGAUUUGUUUACCCGUGUCGAUUUCUCAGGAGAAAAUAUACACACUUUGGAACUCCGUGGUAUUCAGUCCUCCGCUAUCCGGGACGGACAAAAAGAAAUCUCCCUCGAAAUCGAAAAUAAAAUCGAUGGCAUAAUUUUCCGGUUUAACAGCGUUAAACACAGUUUUGUUCGUGUAUAUGAUUAUCCACUGACGUACAGAGUCGGACCGCUUCAUCCACAAACUAAUGUUACAUCCGGUAGCUUUGAAUUGCGAUCGGAAGUACUUCGAAACAGAGAAAUUACCCCGUCCGUGAAUUUUUUCGGACUCAACGGAAGUCAGUUUCCUUACAAGUCGGUAACUGCCAGAAGUUGGUUGGGUUCGGACGGGGUACCACAGGGACCAGGAAAGAUACUCAACAUAACGAAUGGUUCAAAAGAGCGAGGUACGUACAAGUUUACGUUCGACAUUCUUGAGAUGGUUUAUGAUAACGGCGGGAUCUUCUCUUACAUUGUUACCAUCCCAAGGUUUGAUGACGUGUUCAGAAGUGUGAAGUACGUCAUGCACGACCCGGAAACAUUGAGACAUGAUGUUGCUACAUUACCCGAGGGGUCUAUGGUUUUCCUCAGAGAUUUGUUUCCAAGAGAAUUCAAACUUGGUGUUGGAGAUAGUAGCUUGUUACACUGUUCGGCGAUGGGCAAUCCAAAACCAAGAAUGGCCAUUCUUAAAUUGAAGCGAGACGGUCACGAGACUACUACAGGGUAUUCGUCGGUUGUGAUGAAAAGGAAAUACAUCACAACCGUUAUGCUCGUGGUCAAACCGACGGUACCGGAAGUAGCAAACAUCAGUUUCGUAUGUGCAGCAACUUCAGAUGGAAGAGAACGCAGAUUAUCGUUACCGACGAAAAUUGUUGUUCCGCCAAGAUUCCUCAAAUAUGAGGUUUACCGAGGAUUGGAAGAAAAUGUUAUUGUGCAGCUCUUUGUGGAACGUUCAGAUCCUCCGAAACCUUCGGUCAGCUGUCGAGAGAAUGACGACUGGGGGGACUUUAUCUGGGGGAAGAGUCCUAUGUAUACGGCCAACGAGACUUCAACGACAACCGGAUAUAUCGUCACCUUCAACGUCAACAUGGCGGCAACUACCACUCCGCCAACCAGAUUUGUGUGCGAGGUUUUCAGCGUCAAUGGACAUGACAGAAUUAUUGUACCGAUCCAUCUGUAAUUAACCACAGUUUAAAUCUGUGAUGUACCAUGAAUCAUAUGUUACUCUGACAGACAUGAAGUGGUAUCUUAUCGAAGCUAGCAGAUAUCUCAUAUAUUUUAGAAUGGAAAAUAUUAUUUCUUACCCGUCCAUCAAUGUAUUCAAAUCCUGAACGUUUACUGGAAUCGAUUUCACGGCCCAGUGCUGAAUACAAGAUUGACACAUUUGAUCCUUGUAUUACUUAAUACGUUCAUGAAACAUCUGUAGCAAUUAAACAAAUUAGUUAU